CGAGCGGACAAGUCAUCCAGCCGGUUCAGAAAACUAAACUCUCCGACCACGAUGAUGCGAUUGACCGACGCCAUACAGGCUCGUGCAGGCGAGCCUUAUCACACCUUUGAAUUCUUCCCGCCCCGCACCCCCGAAGGUCUCGCCAACUUGCUCGACCGUAUCCAGCGAUUGACGUCGGCACCACUGUCUCCUCCAAUCGCUGUUAGUGUAACAUGGGGUGCUGGUGGAAGUACCGCUACGAGGAGUCUGGAACUGGCCGCCGAGAUUGCCAAAUUGGAGCUCGCUCGAGGCAAACUGCAGAUCAUCUUGCAUCUUACGUGUACAAACAUGGGCAAGAAGAUGGUCGAUGAGGCACUGAAAAAAUGCAAAGAGUUGGGUGUGCAAAACAUCCUGGCAUUGCGAGGCGACCCCCCUAGAAAAGAGGAGUAUCGUCCUGCACCUGGUCCUGACACAUCGCUUCUCGGAGGACAGGAUAUGGAAGGCCUCGAACCGGAGGAGGAAGAGCAAGAGUUCGAGUUCGCCGAGGAUCUCGUACGAUACAUCGAUCGGGAGUGGAAAGGAUGGUUCUGUGUGGGAGUGGCAGGUUAUCCUACCCCGCACGUUGACUCGGAUACUCCCGAAUCGGACAUUCACUUUCUGGCACAAAAGGUCCACGCUGGCGCUCACUUCAUCAUCACUCAGCUGUUCUACGAUGUUGAUGGAUUCGUCGAAUGGGUCAAGAGAGUUCGAGCGGCAGGCAUCGACGUACCAAUCAUCCCUGGGAUCAUGCCUAUUCAGAAUUACGCUUCGUUCAGGCGUCUAACCAACCUCUGUAAAUGUCCGGUACCUGAACAUGUGUUGAGCGAUCUGGAUUCGAUCAAGGCAGAUGACGCUGCCGUGAAACGUUACGGAAUCGAACUAUCAACCAGCAUGAUCAACAAGAUCAUUGCGGCCGGUGUGGGCAUCAGUGGGGUACAUUUCUGCACUCUCAACCUGGAAAAGUCGGUGCGACGAAUCCUGGAAAACUUGCGCUGGACCCUUGACCACAAGAGCGACCACGCCAGGCAGGCACGUAACCGUGCUAUAGAGCAGGGACAUACGAUGGCUCCAUUGCAUGGGGCUGCCGAUGCUUCAACUUCGCCAUCCCAACAACUCCAGGCGUUGAGCAUCUCUCCAUCCGACGCUUCGCACUUGGCCGAGUACGGUAUGAAGCACAAGCGCGGUGGACCAAGCGCGGAUGGAGAAUCACACGGGGAUUCCGGGACAGACGGGUUGGUUCCCAAGCCCCGACGUCAGAAUGAGAACGGGACCGGUGCUAGCGGAGCUCCUACAACUCAGGAAGAUAGCUGGGACGAGUUCCCUAACGGUCGUUUCACCGAUGUGCGAAGUCCCGCCUACGGAGAGAUUGACGGAUGGGGAAAUGGUAUCAAGAUCACCCCUGCACAAGCUCUAAAGGAGUGGGGGACCCCUGUCGAUUACGAGUCCUUGUCAUUGUUGUUCACACGAUACCUUCGGAGUGACCCUGCCGCACCUACCACACCCUUCUGCGAUCUCCCCAUAUCGCCCGAGUCGGCUUCUAUCCUGGAGCACCUCAUCACGCUCAAUUCCGCUGCAAAGGGCUGGUGGACUGUCGGAUCUCAACCCGCAGUGGACGCUGCCAAGAGUGAAGAUCCAAUUCACGGAUUCGGCCCCAAAGGUGGUUACGUCUUCCAGAAGAGUUUCGUCGAGUUCUUUGUGAGGAACAAGGAAGAAGCCGAUCGCCUGUUCGAGAGGGUCAACAAAGAGCCACACGGAAGGAUCAGCUGUUACGCUGGCAACAAGAAGGGCGAUUUCAUUACCAAUGUACCGGCUCCGGGAAUGAACGCGGUCACCUGGGCUGUAUUCCCGGGACAAGAAAUUGUGCAAUCGACAAUCAUUGAAGAGAUCUCGUUCUUGGCAUGGAAGGAGGAAGCAUUCGAGAUAUGGACUGAAUGGUCCCGCCUCUACCCGCUUCGCUCGGCCUCUCGCCAACUUUUGCAGCAGAUCAGCGAAGAAUCGUGGUUAGUAUCCCUGAUCCACCACGAUUACAAGGAUACGGAAGCGUUGUGGCGUUUCCUCAUGCAAGAGUAGAGCCGACGCUUCCGCCCAAAUGAGAGAUCUGAGAGACGAAGCUGUGAUGAAAGGUUUGACGAACAAAGACGACAAGGGAGAUGACUGCACGAGACUGGUCCAACAUCAGUGUAUCAAUAGGAGAAGCCAAAAACGGGACGCCGUUCCACAUCAAGCGUAUCUACCUCGAAGAAUUACGAGGAGGUACCGACAUAUCACGAGGACUCGACUUUCCCGUGUUCAACCAGCAUUCAAUCCAGACAAGCUACACAUACCCUCGCGCCCGACGCGCCCGGGUGUGAUCGAAGAUUUCUCCCAUUUUGUAACCGGCCAGAGCGCGCUCUGUUCUGCUCUGCCAUCGGCAUCUAUGGAAGACACUCAUAAAUGAAAAGAGCCCUUUGUUCUCUCGAGCGGAUGUCACCGCUCGCCGUGUCCACCUGGAAGUUGCAGGGGUUGGAGCCGAGAAGG